AUCUCCCCCCUGGGAGUGUAUGAAUAUUCACUUCACCCACUGAAUGAGGGAGAGUGGGGGUAUCCGAAUGCUGUGCUCUGCUCUGAUUGGACGGCCUACUCUCCCUGGUACCCUGCUCCCAUCAAUAUCUGCUCCUUCCCCUGUGACACUUGUCUCUGUGUGGAGAGAGGAGGGACAGAGGGAGUGACUCCCACACCCGAACAGCAGAGAGGUGAGAGGAGAGGUGCAGCAUUGUCUCAGGGUACCGGUUAGAUCACAAUGGACUCCACCCCUAGCGGUCAGGCAAAGGUGGGGACCCCAAAGAAACCUCAAACUUCUAGAUCCUCUUUAUCUAGAAGCACAAAAACUGGAACCUCUUCUCCAUCUCCCAAAGUGGCCACAGACAGCCCUCGGCCAGCAGCCUCCAAGAAUGCAGAUCCACCAUGUAAGCCUGCAGCUGCUAAAGCGACUGCUGGAUUAAAGGAAGACGCUGUCACAAAGAGCAGCACCGCCAGGACUAUGGCUGCUUCCCCCAACAAAUCCAGGACAGUGCCACAGAGAGAUACAGCAUCUUCAGUCAAAGCUCCUUCCAACGCGACAACAUCUCGCCACCAGAAUGGGGACAAGGGAGCCCAGCAGACACCAUCUCCUCUGAUCACAAAAACUGCAGCUGGUAAGAAAUGUGCCGAGGGAAUCCAGACGAGCAAACCUAAAGCUACACAAGAAGGAGGCAUCGCUAUGCCUACAAAACGGAAUGGAGCUUCCAAGAGGGAAGUGGGCAGACUGCCAGAGCAUGGGUUAGUGCCAAAAGAUAAGUCGCCAAGCCUUCGGCCAGAGAGAAAUGCAUCUGCGCCAUCUAAACCUCCUGCUGCUGUAUCUAACCUAGCUAAGCCUUUAAAGGCACCAUUAAUGUCUAAUCAACCAACUGAGAUAGUGUCUGCACCAGAUAAACCUGUUCCCACUACGUCAUUGCCAGCAAAAGGAGUUAAAAGCCCAGCUAAAUCCUCAAGACCAACGAGCGCAUCUUCCACAACAACCAGUCUAGCUAAAACACUAUCUCCAUUGGUUAAAUCAUCAAGAGCUACACCAACGGUACCCAAAGCAAUAAAAACACCUACUUCAUCAGAUAAACCAGUGAAAUUAUUAUCUUCUUCAGCUAAGGCAGUCAAGACUCCACCUGCAAAACCAGUGAGUGCCACCAAUACACCUAACCAUGUUAAGCAAGGAAAACAGGCACCUGCAACUAAACAAGCUUCUGUGCCAAUUAAACCUACCACCACUAAACUAGUAAAGACAACUCCUGGGACUGGUAAACCAGUGAGUGAAAAGUGUGCUGCACCAAAAGGAGUAAUGAAUGUGGAGUCAUCAAUCUCCUCAGUUGACCCUCUACAGACUAUUAACAAAAAGAAUGCAAGCAAUGGCGCAUUUAAUGCAAAUGAAAAGUUAUCUGAAUCUGCGAAUCCUGUUGAACAACAAAUCAAUGCAACUUGUGGUCCUAUCAACCUGCCAGAAGAGCUAGCCAAUACUUUAGCUGUUCUUGUGAACAAGACCACAGAACAUACUCUAGUGGAUUAUGUAGAUACCAAUGGAAAACUAUUGGAAAACCCCAAAUUGCCUAUAACCCCAAUUAAAUCCACAGUAGCAACUGGGGAAUUACUAGUUGAACCACAUCUAGUAGGUCCAUCAGGGCAACUAUCAAUACCUUUGGAGCAAGGUGUAAUAUCUUCUAUAAAAUCAGUCAACCAUACAGCAGAAGAAAAUAAGUGGGAAACAGUAAGUCCUCCAAGCAAGAAACAAGUCAUAAUUUCAGUGGAAAAAGAGAAAAUACCUAUGAAAAAGGAGCAACUGAGGUCUCCUUUGGAACUAGAAAAACCUUCAGUGGAAUCAUCCAAACCUUUGGAAGAAGAGGUAAAAACUCCAGUUGAACCUUCACAGAAAGAACAAAGUUCUCCUCUGGAUUCAGAAAAGUCUUCAACAGAGCCAGAUAAACCUUCACUAGAAGUAGUGAAAGCUCCAGUGGAACAUUUGCAUGAAGAAAUGUUUUCUCUGGAUCUAGCAAAUUCUUCAGCAGUAAUAGAUAAACCUUCAGUAGAAGUAGUGAGAGUCACAGUGGAACCCUUACCGGAUGAUAUGUCUUCUCUGGAAUCCAAAGUGGAAUCAGCCAAUGAGUUAAAUGAAGAAUCACAAAUUCUAUUUAAACCAAUGGAUGAAGAUGUCACACUCUCAAUGGAACUAAUUAAACCAUUAGGUGAAAUGCAAAUAUCCUCAGAUGAAUCGGCUAUGAAUGUUAAUAAAGAUUUCAAAACCCAAGAGGUCCUGGCCAAACCCUCAAAGGAAACAGUUGAUGUUGUAAAGAAAGAAAUGAAUCAUUUAAAAGAAGAAAUAUAUUCAUGCUCCCCUUUAACAGAAAGAAAAAGAAAACCUUUAGAUGAAGGAGUAAAAUCCCCAACUGAGUGUGUUGAACCUUCAGAAGAAGUACUUUCAUCUUCUUUGGAGCAGGUCACGCCUUUAGAGGAAGAAGUGUAUUUAUUAGAGGAAGGAGUUAUAUCUAUAGAGCAACCAGUAACACUGUUGACAGAAGGAGUUCCCCUCAAACAUUUAGGGAAAGCUGUAAAUUCCUCUGCAGGUAUUUCCAAACCACAAGAAGCUUUGGUAGCCCCCACGGAGGAAGAAACAACUACAGAUGAAAGUGUAACAUUCCCAAAAGAAUCGGUUAAACCAAUAGAGGAAUUAACAUCAACACUGGAACGAUCCCAAUAUUUAUUGGAACCAUCCAAACCUUUAGAGCUAGUAGUCCUGUCUCCAAUGAAAGUAGCAAAAACAACAGCACAGAAUAAUGAAGCGGUGAGUUGUAGACUGGAAAAUGCAACAUGUUUAGAAGAGUCACAUUCUCCGGUAACACUGACAGAACCAAUUAAAUAUCCAGAAGGGGUAGAGGACUUUACCGAAAACCCACCAGCACAGGAAACAUCUGUAAGACCUGUUGUGGCACCAAUUAAGUCUACACAAGAAGCAGUAAAGUUGACAUUCAUUAAAUCACCAGUAAAAACAGAUCCACUGGGCCAAUUUAAACCCACAGCUGAACCUGUAAAUUAUGAUGCAGAAAGCCAGAGUGACUCUGCAAUGGAAUCAGUAGAACAUAUACAUCUAGGAAACAAUAAAGCUGCAAAGAUGGAUACAGAACAAAGUCAAGACGAAUCUCCAGUAGGAACAAUCAUAGCACCAGCAGCAGAAUCAGGACAUUUUCCUGUUAAGUCAAAGCACUUCGGAGAACCAGUGCCUAAUAUAAAUGAGUCUUUUACAGAGCCAUCAGGGCUUGUGAUUACAGAGGAAACACAACUAGACACAGCACAGACAAGAAUUGAUGAUGUGAGUUCUCCGAUAAAACCAGGACAUUCAGACCUGGAAUCUGUAUUGUUCCCAGAGGAACCAUUAACAUCUCUAAUAGAGUCUGAAACUGCUUUAUUGGAAAUGGCUAAGUGUCCAGAGCAGGACAUGAGAUCUUCAUUAGUACAAGUGAAAUGUGCAAAUGACGGAGAAGAGCUUACAACAGCAUUAGUGUGGGACAUAACGGGUACUCCUGAGGAUCUACUAGCUUCUCCAGAGAAAUCAGACAAUACAAUAUGUGAGGCAGCAGACAUGGCAGUAUCUCCUCUCGUACAACCUUCAGAGAAUACAGAAUUAUAUGCAACAGAGUCAAUAAAGAACUCCGCUAUAUCAGCAACUUUACCAACUGAACAACAAAAUGACAAACUAGAUUCUCCUGAGCUUUCAGAGACAGGUAGAUCACCACUUAAAUCAUCAGUAGUUCAAGAGUUCACUAUGGUUGUGGAUCCAUUAGAUCAAGUACGUAACAUGUCCGCAAACAUAGAUACAGAUAUUCAACAUUCCCCAACAUCGGAAGUACUACAUAAGCCAACAGCACCUGUUCCAUUACCAGCUGAAGAAUCUCUAGAACCAAUACAAAAGACUACUGACAUUGUGGAGGAAACUAUGACCAUAUUGGUGCAAGCCACACAACCUUCUACAGAAGCCAGAGAAGAUUCAGCGGGGAACAUAAACGUAUCACAAGAAUCAGUGGUUCCUCCAGCGGAGCCCUCAUCACUGCCGCACACAUUCUCACAGAACAGAAACUCUGCCCAGACUCUGUCAGCAGAGCAGUGUUGUGAGGCUAACAAUUCGAGUGAUAUGCUUUUAUAUCCUCCAACAACAGGGGAUCCCUGGGCUAUCCCACAGGACUUAGAGAAGGAGCCAUGGGUACUGGUACAAAGGGAUGAGUUGGCUGAUUUUAAGGAAUGUACAGAAGACAGACCACUGAGACCAGCUAGCCUUAGUCAAGAUGGGGAGGUGCAGGAGGAACAGACUAAGGCAGAGGAGGAAGGUGGAGAAAGAGCUUCAGUCUGCAGCACACUGAGUGACCCACAGCUAGCAGGACAAAGUAGUAGUGAGACAAGUACCCCGGAAGAGCUAAAAACUUACGAAGAUACUAGUUCUGGAGUGGAAUCCCACUCAGAUGAUGUUGCCACAUCCCCACAAACUACACUUACAUCUGACCCCGAUUUAGGUAUCCAUAUGGGACAAGAAGAAGGGGCAGAUACACCAGCUGGAACUCCAGCCUCAAAAAGCAAAGGAGUGCCUCACCCUCUCCAAAAUCCAGGCAUUGAGGGGCAAGCUGAAGAGACCUCUCCAUCUGCUAUACGUGACUCUUCAGAGAAUGACCAAAUGGUGCGUAAAAAGGAAGGGACUGGUGUCAGUUGCUCACUGACUUCAGCUGUUUCAAGAGAACAAAAAUACGAGGAGGGAGCUGAGGAAAGAGGCGCCCAGAGAGGUGAACCCUUCCCCACUGCCUCACCUACAGAUGGGUUAUACACAAUCUACGAGUCAGAGCAUGGACCUCAGGAGCGCACCCCCAGGGGGGCAGACCUGGGGCUGGUGGAACAGAUGAUUGGAAGGACCUUGCUCCUGGCAGCUUCAGAAGGGGGAAUAAAGGGAGGUGUGCGGGGGGCCGAAUUGGGAAAGUGGGCAGAACUGUUGUCCCCAAUGGAUGAAUCACGUGCUAGCAUCACAUCAGUCACCAGCUUCUCUCCUGAAGGCGACGUCUCUCCGCAAGGUGACUGGACAGUAGUUGAGGUGGAAACGUUCCAUUAGGCAAGGCUCCGCCCCUGAGGAGCAUUGUGGUGAAUGUGCAGAGCAGCAGGACCAAGCUGCAGGCAUCAAUGUGCAAUAUGCUUUAAAUGUCUCGUGUGAAUGUGGAGCUUUGCACUAAUGACAGUCUGAAGGACAAGUGGGAUGGAGGUUGUCUACAAGGACUGGGACUACCCAAUGUAGAACUGUGCGUAAUCAAGAACAUACAGAAGACUGCUGUGUAUUGUCCGGCACUUUUAUAGAGCCGUUAAAGUAAAGUACACUAAACUAUUAAUUAUAAUUACAGCUGGUUAUGACCCAGGGAUGUCAUUUCUUAUCAAACACCAAUCUUAAAUGAAAAUGGAUAACAGAAAACAAGAGCUUGCAGUUAUCAGCGUCAGACACGAAUAUAUUAUGUGAAACACUUGAAGUUCAAGUUUCACUUUAAAAUUUACAAAUGUUAUCAGUAGCUCUUCUGAAUACGACGAGAGAUAGGGUUUUCCAUAGUUAUUUAAUAGCAAACGCUGUUACUCCUCGUUAUGUGAUGAAGAUUCAGAAACUCAUUAAUCAUACUGCUACCUGGAUUCUACUGAAUGAGAUCAUUUGUAUUUUCUAAUAUGCCAGAGUGUCAUAUAGAUAAUACAGGUAAUGGGGCACAAUGUGAAAAGCUCUGUGCAGUGGUGUUAGAAAGUACGUGAACCUUUAUGAAUUUAAAAAUAAAUAAAUGUGACCUUAUCCACUUAA